AACCCAUUUAACCCUAAAUCAGAAGCAAUGAAGCCCAGCCCCAAAUUCAAUCUUCAACACUUCAACAGCAACAACCAGCGGCAGCGUUAUCGCCAGCAGAGCUCUUCUCCUCGCUGUCGCAGAGCUCUUCUCCUCGCCGUCGCAGAGCUCUUCUCCUCGCCGUUGCGUCUCGUCUCACUCUCACAGCGAGCGUCUCUCCGUCGUCACCUCUGUUCCAUUGCUCGGCCGUUGCGGAGCUCUUCUCCCCGCCGUCGCGUCUCGUCUCACUCUCACCGCGAAUGUCUCUCCAUCGUCACCUCUGUUCCACUGCUCAGCCCUUACCUCCUCUCACCGGGACCUUUCUUUCAACUCUGUGGAACGCUUGAGCAGUCGAGCUUCUUCCCUAAUUUCUCCAGGUUCUCUCUCACACGUCAAGCCUGUCUUCAAUCCCCUCUAAGCCCGAGCUCACUUCCCCUCUUCCAUCACCGUCACUUGGAUUCCUCCUUCGCCGCUGUCAGUCUUCAAUUUAAUUUUGCUUGUAUUUGUACUUUUAUUUGGUUUCUGAUUUCUUAUUCUGAGUUUGCUAAUUUUUGCUUAGCUUGAGUUUAUGAAUGUCUGAGUUUGUAAGCAGAUCCCUACCCUGCUUUAGUUUUUAUUUUUGGGAAUUAAUUGCUGUUUUUUGCGAUUUGAUUAUGUUGAUUGUUGCUUGUUUGUCUAGGUUAAUUGUUAUAUUUUCAUUGUUGUCUUCUGCAGCUAAUUUCUGUUGAUUGUUGUCUUAUGCUUUUUAGCCUUUUUUUUUUGUUAAUUAAAUGAAUUAAUCAGGUUUUUGUGAUUCUAUGUUUGUAAAUUUUAAAUUAUGUUUUUGUUUUAUUUUUAAUUGGUUACUGUAAUUUGAUUUCAUAGUUUGUUUGUUUCAGAUUAUGAUUAUGUUUGUUCCAAAUUUAAAUUUUGAUUAUGUUUGCAAAUUCAAUGGUGUUAGUGGUUAUUACUGAGUUGUUUGUUAGUUUUGAUUUUUAGGUUAUAAAUUGAAAUUUUAAAUUUUAAAUUUUAUUUUUUGUUAGGCUAAAUUUUAUUGAAAUUUAAAUAUUUAAAAUUAUAUAUUAAAUUUUUGAUAAUUUUAUUUAAUAUUUAAUUAAACCGGUUGAACUCCGGUUGAACCCCGGUUGAACCAGUGAAUCAGUGAACCAGUCAUCUCACCGAUUUAUUGACCGGUCCGGUUCUCGCAACCUUGAUCUAUUCUAUUAUAUAAAAAUCGAAUUUCUCCACUUAAUGAUGAAACUGACAUGGCAUGCUCCGGAGAGUAUUUUCUGAUUUAAUUA